AUGGGUUCAAAGGGUUCGUUCGAGAAUGCGUGGGCUGAUCAAUGGGACAGGAAUCAGGAGAAUCACGGGGGUGCCGUCGGUGGUUUCAGCGGCAACGGAGACGGCGCCGGCGGGAAAGGAAAGUACUCGAAGAAAAUGAAGGGCGGGCUUAACAAAACGAAAGAGGUCGCCACAGCCGGGAUGAAGAAAGUGAAAGCGGGCGCCUCUAUUGGGAUGCUGUGGAUCAAGGUCAAGUACCAAAAGACCACCAAGAAAGCUUCUCCUUAA